UUUCCACCUGUUCUUUUUAAAUAAUGCUCCGUAGUUUUUACAAUCAAUUAAAUGGAAAAGUUUCUUUUAUUUUCUGAAAGGUGUACUAGGAAUUCAAGAAAUCUAACUUAUAUGGUAACAUUUGAAUUUAUUUGGAAAAUAUCUUAUUCAUUAUAGUAGGAAAUCAACUUCUUUUUUUCUUUGUUUGUUUUUGGUCUACUAUUUAAAUUGCUACAAAGUGUGCAUUAGAUCCUGUCUCAAGAAACAUAGAGUUAGCCUGCUAUAAAAACGCAAAUCGAAGAAGUUAGAAUGAGAUUCUACUUCUCACUCAGUUGUUGCUGAAAACUUCUAGUUCCCGUUACAAUGAAGAUACAUAUAGAAGAGAGAGAAGCAGAUUUGAUCGGUUCCGGCUCAAAAGGAGGUGUGGAUAAGAUCAGUGGUUUGCCUGACGACAUCCUUUGUCACAUCCUAUCAUUUCUGCCAACUAAAUAUGCUGUAGCGACCAGUGUUUUGUCAACUAGAUGGAAAUACAUAUGGACUUCUGUUCCCAUUCUCGACUUUGAUGCUAGCCUUCAUCAAGAAUUCUAUCCUUACCUGAACAUAUAUGGAAGUCGGGAUUCAGAGAUCACCUUUCAGAGUUUUGUGAAUAGAGUACUGCUUCUUAAUGACAUUCCUCAAAUCCAAAAAUUUCGUCUCGUUUAUAAGUGUCAUUAUAGUGCCCCUCCUAUUUAUACGUGGUUGCAUGUAGCCAUUUCCCGUGAUAUUUCAGAACUCGAACUUGACUUUUAUCUGUCUGUUCCAAAAGAAUUUAUCAAGCUGCCUAACAACUUUUUCGUGUCCAACAAACUUGUUGUAUUGAAAUUAUCUCGCAUGCCUCUUAUUGUACCUUCUGUGGUAAUCCUCCCUAUGCUUAAGAUACUUGAAAUUAGGAGUGUUUUGUACCUAGAUGACAAGUGCACUCAAAACUUGCUUUCGGGUUGUCAAGGUCUGGAAGAGUUGGUCAUAGAAGAAAUCGCAAGGGAGAAACCGAGGGUGAUAAAUAUUUCCAUCCCUACAUUGAAAAGUUUCUCUUUUAGUUAUAAGUUUGUGAUUGAUAUUUCGGUAGAUUCCCCCUAUAAAUUUGUCAUCAAUGCCCCAAAUCUUGAGUACUUUCAUGUUAAAGGUCGUAUAUCAGAUGAUUUUGUGGUGAGGAGUUUAGCAUCUUUGAUUAAUGUGCAUCUGGAUCUCCGCCAAACUGCUGUUCUUGCUGAUAACUACAAUUUUUGUCAUCAACGAGUCUGUAAUCUCUUCGAAGGGAUAGCAAAUGCGAAGUUCCUUACGCUGUCUAACGACAUUGUUCAGUUGCUAUCUGCAGCCCAUUAUCCGAAUCUGCCAAGGUUUUUCAACAUGACAGGGUUGGCAUUAGGUAUUGGUAUUGAUUUUCGCUGGAAAAGGCUAGUGACAGAGUUUAUUAAAUGCUCCCCUGAUUUAGAAGUUCUUACCCUAAAUAAUAAGCAGCAAGAAAUUUUAAGGGACGUAGAAGAAUUGCGCAGGAGUCCUCCUGAGGCUAUGCCUGAAUAUCUGCUAUCUCAUCUGAAGGACAUUCUCAUUCAGGAGCUUUAUUCUAACUUCCUCCCUGAAGAUGUGGAAUAUCUGGUGCAUGAUGUGAAUGUUCUAAAGAGGCUGAAAAUAGAUUGUCAGUGUUCAUUUAUGCUCAUAAGCCAGAUUGGUCAUAUCAUACCUGAUCUAUCAGAUUAACCUUUCGGCUUGAAACUUUUGUGUCUUGUGCGAUAAACAUGGAUCAUAUGUUGCUUCUUUCUUUGUAAUUUGGAAUAAUAAACUCCUGGAAGUGAAUUAGUUCAUUGGCUCCAGUUGUAUGAUGUGAAUGUUCAUGAAGUUGCUCUGAACUUGUGUAUGAUGCAGAACUUCAUUCGGUUAAAUAAUAUUGUUUCUGUAUUAAGAUAUUAUCGUUAAUGGGAAGGAUUAUAAUAGAUGGAUGGAGUUUGGUUUU